ACUCUAGGUUCUGUAAUCAUGUCUGUUAGUGUGACAGAGAGUGACAUUCCUACAUUUUUUGUGGGUGGCGAAGAAGGAGAGGAGCUUUUGGAUCAAGCCAGAUCUUCAAGAUUUCAUUCCUUCUAUGAUCAUAUUGAAGAUGAAGAUGAGUAUGAUUCUCCACCAGAAAGACAGAUUGUGGUUGGAAUAUGUUCAAUGGCAAAGAAAUCCAACUCGAAACCAAUGAAAGAAAUACUUGAACGCCUUUCCAUGUUUAAAUAUAUUACAGUAGUAAUAUUUGAAGAGGAUGUGAUUUUGAAUGAGCUCGUGGAAAACUGGCCUUUGUGUGAUUGUCUGAUUUCUUUUCAUUCUAAAGGGUUUCCAUUGGACAAAGCUGUUGCCUAUGCAAAACUCAGGAAUCCAUUUGUUAUUAACGAUUUGAAUAUGCAGUAUCGCAUACAAGACAGGAGAGAAGUUUAUAGCAUCCUUAAAGCUGAAGGCAUUUUACUUCCACGUUAUGCAGUUCUAAACCGUGAUCCAAACAACCCACAAGAAUGUAACUUGAUUGAAGGAGAAGAUCAUGUGGAAGUUAAUGGAGAAGUUUUCCAAAAGCCAUUUGUAGAAAAACCUGUCAGUGCUGAGGACCACAAUGUGUAUAUUUAUUAUCCAACAUCUGCUGGAGGUGGAAGUCAAAGGCUUUUUCGGAAAAUUGGCAGCAGAAGCAGUGUUUAUUCCCCUGAAAGCAGUGUGAGGAAAACUGGUUCAUACAUUUACGAGGAAUUCAUGCCUACAGAUGGCACUGAUGUGAAGGUGUACACUGUAGGUCCAGAUUAUGCACAUGCUGAAGCUCGCAAAUCUCCUGCUCUUGAUGGGAAGGUGGAGCGGGACAGUGAAGGGAAAGAAGUCAGGUAUCCAGUCAUCCUUAAUGCAAGAGAGAAGUUGAUAGCCUGGAAAGUAUGCCUUGCGUUUAAGCAAACAGUUUGUGGAUUUGAUUUGUUGCGUGCAAAUGGACAAUCCUACGUCUGUGAUGUCAAUGGCUUCAGUUUUGUGAAGAACUCAAUGAAAUAUUAUGAUGACUGUGCUAAAAUUCUUGGAAAUAUCAUAAUGCGAGAACUCGCUCCACAAUUUCAUAUACCAUGGUCCAUACCUUUAGAAGCAGAAGAUAUUCCUAUUGUGCCAACCACAUCAGGGACAAUGAUGGAACUCAGGUGUGUUAUUGCUGUUAUACGGCAUGGGGAUCGGACACCAAAACAAAAAAUGAAAAUGGAAGUUAAACAUCAACGAUUUUUUGAUCUUUUCGAAAAAUGCAAUGGAUAUAAGUCUGGGAAGCUAAAACUGAAAAAACCUAAGCAAUUACAGGAAGUACUUGAUAUUGCAAGACAGCUUUUAGUAGAACUUGGGCAAAACAAUGACUCUGAAAUUGAAGAAAGCAAGGCUAAACUUGAACAAUUGAAAACUGUGUUGGAAAUGUAUGGACAUUUUUCUGGCAUAAAUCGCAAAGUUCAGAUGACAUACCUCCCUCAUGGUUGCCCCAAAACAUCUAGCGAAGAAGAAGAUAGCCACAAAGAGGAGCCAUCUCUACUCUUGGUUCUAAAAUGGGGAGGAGAACUGACUCCUGCAGGCAGAGUUCAAGCCGAGGAACUAGGAAGAGCUUUCCGGUGCAUGUACCCAGGUGGACAAGGAGACUAUGCUGGAUUUCCUGGAUGUGGUUUACUGAGAUUGCAUAGUACCUAUCGGCAUGAUCUCAAAAUAUAUGCUUCUGAUGAAGGAAGAGUUCAAAUGACUGCAGCAGCUUUUGCAAAGGGACUGCUUGCAUUGGAAGGAGAGCUCACUCCCAUCCUUGUGCAGAUGGUUAAAAGUGCUAAUAUGAAUGGUCUACUUGACAGUGAUAGUGACUCUCUUAGCAGCUGCCAGCAUCGUGUAAAGGCACGACUUCAUGAAAUACUCCAGAGAGAUAGAGACUUUACUUCUGAAGACUAUGAAAAGCUUGCACCAUCUGGCAACAUUUCUCUGAUAAAAUCAAUGCAAGAUAUUAAAAAUCCUGUUAAGACGUGUGACAAGGUGUAUUCCUUAAUUCAGAGUUUGACUUCUCAGAUAAGGCAACGGAUGGAAGAUCCUAAGUCUGCAGAUAUUCAGCUUUACCACAGUGAAACCCUGGAGCUAAUGCUGCGUAGAUGGGCCAAGCUUGAAAAGGACUUCAAAACAAAGAAUGGAAGAUAUGAUAUUAGUAAAAUCCCAGAUAUCUAUGACUGUAUAAAAUAUGAUGUCCAGCAUAAUGUCUCUUUGAAACUAGAGAAUACAAUGGAACUGUACAGGCUGUCAAAAGAUUUGGCUGAUAUUGUGAUACCACAGGAAUAUGGUAUUAGUGAAGCUGAGAAACUAGAGGUUGCAAAAGGUUACUGCACUCCUUUACUGAGGAAAAUCCGGUCUGAUCUUCAAAGAACUCAAGAUGAUGAUACCGUAAACAAGCUUCACCCUUUGUACUCCAGUGGAGUAAUGUCUCCUGAGCGUCAUGUUCGAACAAGAUUGUACUUCACUAGUGAGAGUCAUGUCCAUUCCUUAUUGUCAACUUUACGUUACGGUUCCUUGUGUGAUGCAUCCAAAGAUGAACAGUGGAAGCGAGCCAUGGAUUAUCUCAAUGUUGUCAGUGAACUCAAUUACAUGACCCAGAUUGUUAUUAUGCUAUAUGAGGAUCCCAAUAAGGAGCUUUCAUCAGAAGACCGUUUCCAUGUGGAAUUACACUUUAGUCCAGGAGCUAAAGGUUGUGAAGAGGACAAAAAUUUACCAUCAGGCUCUGGCUAUAGACCUGCUUCUCGAGAGAAUGAUGGGUCAAAGAAAUCUUCUCAUAGAACUGACAGUGAUGAAGAAUCACAUUCUUCUAAAAGGGAUGAAACAGAUCGAUCUAUAAUGAUGUUCAAGCCAAUGGUGUCAGAUCCAAUUCAUAUACACAGAAAAUCACCCCUUCCAAGAGCCAGGAAAAUUGGUUCAGUAGAAGAAGAGAGCCCCCUGAGUGUGUCUAGCCCAGAGUGUAUUGGUACCUGGCUGCAUUACACCAGUGGUGUGGGUACUGGGCGUCGAAGACGCAGAUCAGGGGAACAAAUCACUUCUUCCCCUGUCUCCCCUAAAUCACUGGCUUUCACAUCCAGUAUUUUUGGCUCAUGGCAACAGGUCCCACCAGAAAGCAACAGUCACUAUCGAACAUCAAGAACAAUUGUGGAGCAAAAGACAAGUGGCAUAGGGUCUCACUGUGCGGGCCUGUUUAGUACCACUGUGCUCGGGGGUUCUUCAAGUGCACCUAACCUACAGGAUUAUGCUCGUAUCCAUCGUAUAAAGGUGACUUCUUCUGGCUGCAUAGAUGACACCACACGUGGUUCUGCUGUUAAAAGGUUUUCUAUCUCAUUUGCUCGACAUCCAACCAAUGAACAUCCAGACCUCUAUAGGUGCUGGUCGGUUUCCUCUGAGGGAUAUCUAGGCUCCAGUGGCUUUGAAUUAUAUUCCAUGGUGCCUUCUAUCUGCCCUCUAGAAACUCUCCAUAAUUCGUUGUCGUUAAAGCAGGUGGAUGACUUCCUAGCCUCCAUUGCCACUUCUACUUCAUGUGACAAUCUUGUCCAGAUAUCCACAGCUUCCUUUUCUUCUCCAUCAUUUUUGAAUGCCAUAUCGGGAAGAAAAAGUUCUUUAAAUAUGUACACACCUACUAAAAUCCAGCCAACGCCGCUUGAAGAUUUUAUGGAUCAGCAAACUGCGGAGAUACCUUCCUCGAGUACCGUUGAUCCUCCACCUCCUGAUAUUUAAAAGCUGCAACAUGGAAAACCAAAAAGGGGGGAAACAAUACUUGCACAAUGUUGGUGAUUCUUGAAGAAAUGAAGCACUUCAGACAAAACUGGAAGGACCUGCUGUCACCACCUGUUGCAGUAUAUGUUUCUUUGUGAAAAACAAGUUAGUUUUCAAAGGCUUUUCAUUUCUGUCUGAAUCAAUGAGUUUUUCUGUAUAAAAAAUAAUGUAUGUAGUAUAUAUUGUAUAUAUUCAGGUUAAGGGUGAUUGUUUCUAAAAUAUGAAGAGCAAAGAGGUUUACAUCUGUAAUUUUAAGGAACUGAUCAGACAAACUGCACAACUUUUUUCUCAUCUUUGCUCACACACACACACAGCAAAACCAAAAUGGCCUAAUAGAUUGCUUUGUACUGCAGGAGCUGCUGGGAAAGAAACAGACAGUGAAUAGAAAAAGACACAACUUUGUUCUUAGCUGUAACAGAGGCUGGCACAAAGGAAGGUAACCCCUUUCAUUGCCAUGCCACGUUAAUAUGGCCAAUUAGGAAGGUCCACGUUUCUACUUCCUGUAGGAUCCCUACCCGUGAGCAUACCAGAUUAUUUUUGAGACACCUAAGUGCUAUAUAACUCAUGGAAAUGCCAAUUAGAAAGGUGUAUUUCAUUCAUUUCAGUUCCCAGAAAAUCUAUACUCACUCCAGUAGUGACCAACAGCAUGCAACAGUAAUCAGAAAUGGCCAGACCAGUACAUGUAACUUCCUUCCAACCAGACAAGACUAAGGAAGAAAAUAAAAGAAAGUCAUGCAUCUCCAGGACCAGUGGCUACACAGGGAAACAUUUUCCUUCAAUGUGCAUGCCCACUUCACCCAAGUUUGAUGUCCUAACACUCAAUGAUGGUCUGUUUCUCAUCUCUCCCCCCCCCCCAUAGCAACUUGAUAGGGAAUAAGAACUUUUGCUUUGACCCCACUUCACAGAGUCAUGCUGACUUCAGAUGGAGUCAGAUGUAAGAUUUUAACUUUUUGCCAGAUUCUCCUGCCUUGAUACAGCUUUACAAAUGGUUUCUGCAAAUGUUACCUCCUCUCUUCUGUUCUGAGGCAGCUGGAAGAGAACACAUUACAGCAAUACUGGUAGUGCUUAGUCAGCUAAAAGUCUGUUGUCCAAAGUUCAAGUAUUCAUAAGUUAUGAGCAAUUCUUAAUGUCCUGGCCCACUCACAGUGCAAUCCUAUGCAAAAUCCUAUGCGAGCCCAUUGAUUGCAAUGAGCUUAGACUGGAGAAAUUUUGCACAGGAUUGCAUUGUCACCUUUGACAUGGGAGCAUCUCUUAUUUAGAUACAUUUCCAAAGAGAACAU